GCUUGUUCUACAGUAAAUUGGUCAUAACCCGUUACGUGAAGCCGGCGAACUGCUGUCACAUUGAAAUAAUUUUAUUAUAUUUUCUCUUAAGCAAAAAUCGGUGGCAUUUUAAUUUAAAAAGUAUACAAUGAAAGUGAUUAUUGCGGAGUAAAAACUGUUGAAGAACGAAAAUGGAUCUAAAAGAGUUUAUUUUUUUAAUUCUAAUACACCAAGCUACCAUAGAAGGAUCAAUAGGUGAAGACUGUGAGCCGAGUCAUGAUAUAUUAGAUGGAGCUUGCAAAUUGGUGACUGAUUGUGAGGACGCUUUAAGAUACAUUAAACAGACUCGCAAGCAUCCCUUUCGAAGAUGUGGCUUCAGCGAUGAUUUAGAGAUUGUCUGUUGUCCAAAACCCGUAUUCGAAAUUUUUAACUCGGGCAAAGAGAAUUCUUCAAGAGAUCUAAGAACAACUACGAUGGAAACGGAUACAUUGCAUGGAAAAAUAAAACCAUCACGUAGAAUUGCUGAUAAAGAAUGUGAAAAAAUAAUCGAAUCGACUAUACCGCCCCUCGGAUUAUACAUCAUAGGAGGAGACUUGGCGGGCUUAGGGGAAUUCCCGCACAUGGUAGCACUUGGAUAUGAAAUGAAUGAUGGUUACAAAUUCAUUUGUGGAGGUUCAUUAGUGUCGACUAGUUUCGUCAUAACGGCUGCUCAUUGUCUUGAUAAUCUUGAGAGAAUCGAGCCAAGUAUUGUUCGUGCUGGAGUUAUAGAAAUCGGCGGUACAGAAUUUAACAAAGAAACUGAUAUAAGGAUAAAGGAGAUCAUCAAACAUCCCGCAUACAUAAGAAGCGCCAAGUAUCAUGACUUGGCUCUGCUAAGAUUAGAAAGACCAUUUGAAGUGUCAGUUAAUUUGAAUGCAAUUUGUUUGUACACCAACAAGGAAGAACCUUCUGUAGCGCUGACUGUAACCGGUUGGGGAACAACCAGUAUUUCGAGAGAUCUGAAGAGUUCAAAAUUGUUGAAGGCUGAUGUAUUUGUCGUACCGACGAAUACAUGCAAGAAAUCAUACCAAAACUGGCUCAAACUGCCCCGGGAAAUCAUUGAUGAACAAAUCUGCGCUGGCGACCCGAAAGGGUUUCACGAUGCUUGUCAGGGAGACUCCGGUGGUCCUCUACAGGGUUUGACAGAUAGCGACGGGUAUUACCGAUUGGUCGGCGUCAUUUCGUUCGGUCGCGGCUGUGGCUCGACCUUGCCCGGUGUGUAUACACGCAUCACGAAAUACCUCGACUGGAUCGAGAGUGUAGUGUGGCCACAAUCAAAAACUUAAAAAUUAAAUAUCUAUUUAAGUAAUUAAUAAGACAUUAUUUAUGAAAUAUUAAAUAGAAAAUAUAUUUAUAUAUAUCGGACGGAUUUAAAUAACGAUCGAGUUAUUACUAUUUCUGUAUUUUUUUGUAAUUUAAUUAUAUUAUUGAGUAGCUUUUAAAAAAUACUAUUAUUUUUGAGUCCUAAUAUUGUAGUUGAAAUAAACUAUACAAAUAUGAAAUCCAGACUUAUUGUCAAUAAUUGAUUUUGACCUCUGCCUGCUGAGGAAGUAAGUUUAUCGGUGAUAAGCUCGUCAUUAAAAAUGAUUUUCAAAGAAAUAUAUAACGUUAUGUAUCCACAUGAUUAAUUUUAAUUAUAUAUAUCAUUGUGUUAAAUCAAUUAUUAACCAUUCGAGGAUUAAAAUAUUACAAGAUAUAUCAUAUAUUUAUAUUUGUUACAUUUUAUUAAAUUUAUAACCUAACCAUGUCUUUAAUCGAGACUAUAAAUAAAAGAUUAAAAGUAUUUUAUUUUGGUGUUAAGCAUAUACCAAUUAAUUAUUCAAGAUUGUACUAUACUGUGAAGCUCUCUAUUACAUAAUAAAUGCUAAUAUAACUUUA